AUGGGCGCUUCAGAACCCAACCAGCAGGCAUUUGCUGACGAGGCCACCGAGGCGGCGCCGCAUUUAUCUAAAGCGCACAACGAUGGUGACCAGAUCCUCGAGAGCCUAGGCUAUACGCCCCAGCUACAGCGUAACCGAUCAACCCUCCAGGUCGCCUUCAUGGCCUUUGUCCUUGCCUCGAUCCCUUACGGACUUGCAACAACAUUCAACCCACCUGUCACUACUGGAGGCCCGGUGAAUAUUAUCUGGGGCUGGGUAGCCGUCUCGGCCAUGAUCAUCUGCGUCGCUGCGUCUCUUGGUGAAAUUACGAGCGUAUACCCCAUCGCGGGAGGUACUACUUCCCACUUCCUUGCCCAUAACACUCGUACUACUGCUCCGUUGCCUAGCGGCCGCGUAUCCUGCAGAUGA